AUGACAGAAGUGGAAUCUGCACAUGGGUCAUUUGUGAGCAAGGCUACAGGUCAUCCGUUGCCACCAUCAGACCACGGGAGUUAUCGUCAACCUCAAAAUUUACAACCCAUACCGGCAAUACCACCCAAACUUAGUAAAUGGGAUCAAAGUGCUCCAGCUCAAGUAAAUACAAAUGUAUUCACUGAAGUAUUAAGAAAAGAUCAACAGGAUGCUACAAAGAUACUAGCGUUGACAAACACCAACCUAGUUCCCUAUGUCAUCCUACAUCUUGCUGCUCUCAGUGGUGACUGGGAUAUUGCUAGAAACUUCUUGCAAUUAAAGCCACAAGCUGUAAGGGCUAAGAUCACAAAGGGUUCAGAAACUGCUCUUCAUAUUGCAGCUGGGGCCAAACGUACAAUAUUUGUUGAAGAGCUAGUUAAAUGGAUGACAUCAAAUGACCUCGAAUUGAAGAAUGAUGUGGGAAACACCGCUCUUCAUUUUGCUGCUGUAUCUGGUAUCAAAAGAAUCGCUGAGGUAAUGGUGGACAAGAAUCCAACACUACCUCAGAUCCGAGGUAUCAAAGAUUUAACACCUCUCCAUAUGGCCACCUUGCUUGGGCACAGGGAGAUUGUUUGGUAUCUAUACGAUAAGACAAUUUUGAUGGACCGUGACCAUAUGAGGCUUCUUAUUUCUGCCAUAACAGCAGAUCUUUAUGAUGUAGCACUGGAUAUAAUUCAAAAGAACCCUCAGAUUGCUUUUGCUCGAGAUGAAAAUGGAGAGACUCCACUUCAUGUAAUGGCUCGAAAGCCUUCAGCAUGUUAUAGUGGAAGUCAGCUGGGAUUCUGGCAACGAUGCAAAGGUUCAUUACUCCCCCAUACAAAGGCUCCUUACGGAAAAAAGUUAAUGCAUAUGCAAGCCACUCAACUUGUGAAGCAGCUCUGGGAGAAAAUUCUGACCUUAAACAGUGACUCUGCGAUAAGUGAUUUAAUUAGAACGCCUUCCAGCUUAUUGUUUACUGCUGCAGAGUUGGGCAAUAUUGACUUUCUGAUCAUACUUCUGAGAUCAUACCCUGGUCUUAUUUGGCACGUUGAUGAACAGAAUCGAAGCAUAUUCCACACUGCAGUGAUUCACCGACAGGAGAAAGUUUUCAAUCUCAUUUAUGAAUUAGGUGGUCUAAAAGAAUUAAUAGCUUCUGACAAAGAUAACGACAAUAAUAACAUGCUUCAUUUGGCCGCAAAACUUGCACCUGCAAUUCGACUAAAUGAUGAUACCGGGGCGGCUUUGAAGUUGAGAAGAGAGUUGCUUUGGUUUAAGGAAGUGGAGAAAAUCGUCCAGCCAUUGUAUAAAGAAAUGAGGAACUCCAUGGGGCAAACACCUCAAAUUCUAUUCACUGAGGAGCACAAGGAAUUAUUACGAGAAGGAGAAGUGUGGAUGAAGGGCACUGCAUCGUCAUGCAUGGUUGUUGCAACGCUCAUUGCAACUGUAAUGUUUGCUGCUUUCUCCACUGUCCCAGGUGGCAACAACAAUGACACUGGUAUUCCCAUAUUCCUUCAAUCAAGGGCCUUCAUCGUUUUUGCCAUAUCCGAUGCUGUUUCGCUCAUCUCCUCCGCAGCUUCCAUCUUGAGCUUUCUGUCCGUUCUGACGUCACGCUAUGCUGAAGGAGAUUUCCUCCAUUCGUUACCCAACAGAUUGAUCGUAGGGCUUGCAACUCUAUUCAUCUCCAUAACUGCCAUGAUGAUCACAUUCGUUGCCACAGUAUUUAUUGUUCUUGGCUCCGAAUUUCAUGGCAUAAAAGUCCCAAUUGCUUUGGUUGCUGGCGUCCCAGUUGGUUUCUAUGCCUUGCUACAAUUUCCCCUUCUUGCAGAUAUGGUCAGUCAUGCUUACAUUUCAAGAGUAUCUUUUCGUCCAAGCAACAAUCUUUUGCACUAG